AAAACUCUAAUUCUACCUAAAAGGGCUAAAAAAUAAAGCUAUUGGCUUAUGUUCAUGCACCCACAAUUAUAUAUCUAUUGCAUUUGUUCCUCAUAUAAAUCCCUAUAUAUACACCCUUUAAAUCACUUAAACCCCACUUAACUCACUAAACUAACCAUUAUUAUUCAACUUCAAGCCAAACAAGAGCUCCAUUUUUUCCAAAUCCCAUUUUUUUUCUUCUGAAAAUGGAAUUUGUUAACAGGUGUUCAACAUCAACUUCAUCUUCAUCAGAAUCAUCUUCUUCAGAAUCUUCGCUUUCUGGUAAAAAUAAUAAGUCAGAGAGAAUAAAAGGACCAUGGAGUGCUGAAGAAGAUAAGAUUUUAACGAAACUUGUUGAGCGUUACGGGGCACGUAAUUGGUCAUUGAUAAGUAAAUACAUUAAGGGUCGGUCCGGCAAAUCUUGUCGGCUCCGGUGGUGUAAUCAGUUAAGUCCUAAUGUUGAACACCGACCAUUUUCUCCGGCGGAGGAUGAGACAAUUGUGGCAGCUCAUGCUAAAUAUGGAAACCGUUGGGCCACCAUUGCGCGUUUACUUCCUGGUAGGACUGAUAAUGCUGUUAAGAAUCACUGGAAUUCAACAUUAAAGAGACGUUACCAGCAACAGCUGAAAAAUCAGAGCCCAAUGGGCUUUCCUGAUGUGAAAAUUAAUGGGCCGGGUUCUGGAUCCGGGUCAGGAUCCGGGUCGGGCAUGGAUUAUUUUAAUGUCAAUGAGAGUCCAAAAGGGAAUGAUAAUAAUAAUAAUUACGCUGUUAUAGCUAAUGGUAGUGGUGAAUUUGAUGAUCCAAUGACGACUUUGUCCCUAGCGCCGCCCGGGGUGGGCGGAGAUGAGUUGCCAGAGAGGAAAACGGAGAGUUUUCCAGCGGGAUUUUGGGAUGUGAUGAGAGAUGUGAUUGCUAGAGAAGUGAGGGAAUAUGUUGCUUCUUCGGGAUUUCCUAAUUAGUAUUUAAAAGAACCAAAAAAGGAAAAAAAAUUGUUUGUUAUUAUUUGUCAAUUUUAAAGUUGGCUUUGAGGUUUCAUAAUCACUUUGAUUGUUGAUAAGUUUGCUUAUAAAUUGUUAAACAUGUUCUGGAAGCUUAA